AUGAUUUAAAAGUUGAUGAGUUAUUAGAAUAUUUAAAUGGGGGUCCACCAAAAAGUUCAAAUUAGACUCUAUCAAAUUCUUUAAAUUCAUUUUAUUUAUAAAAUGUUUAAGGUUGUUACUUUUCAGUUUUUGGUUCAUUAAUAACUUAUUUACUUCGACUAUUAACAUUUUUAAAGAACAUAAUAAAUAAGUAUAAGAAUAUUCCCAAAAUAUAAAUAAAAUUAUAAAUACCUUCGUUUUGCUUUAUUUUUUGAAGGGAAAAUACAGUUCUAAAUUUAGAAAGGAAUAUUAAUCCUUGGGAUUACCUAAAGUAUAUUUUACUAUAUUGCAUCAAUUCUUUUUUUAGUGCCUUGCUAUAAUUUCCAAAUUAUAGUUUUAAAUCUCUAAUUAUGAUUUUUAAGAGCAUAAACGCAAUUAUUGGGUUAACUUUUUUACUUUUAUAUAAGUUUAUAAUUAUUGUUAAUAACCUCAACCCAUAAAAAAGAUAGACAAAAAUGGAAAUAUUUUUUUAAGAUUCAUAGCCUUACUUUUGGGCUUUCAAUUAGAAAUCAUUCUAGAUUUAUCGAAUAAUGUUUUCUAUAAUUAUGAUUGUUGA